CUUUCCGCUUCAGUCCUUCGAUGCUCCUUGUUCUUUACUUGAUUCCUUGUUUCUUUCUAGAAAUUUUUUCUCAUUAUUCUUACUGCAAUACUAAUACAACUUCUGUUGCUUAAUUUGUUCCUCUUCCACGUCGUUUUGUUUCCAUUCGAUUACUCGUCAUUGCCGCGGUUUUUCUUAAUCUAUUAGUUUUUACUCGUCAUUGCCGCGGUUUUUCUUAAUCUAUUAGUUUUUGUUUUUGUCAGUGUGUGUUCGUGUUCCUAGCGCUUCCAAUUCAAUUGUUGCGGUUAAUGUUUAUAUAUCUUCAUUGUUUCUAAAUUAGGAAGAAAAGAACGAAGUCGGAAACUGUUCAAUUCGUUUCUGAAAAAUUGAUACGAUUUUUCCUCGGAUUAUGUGUUUUUGUAUUUCUUAAAAAUCUGGAUUAAUUUGGAUCUCAUUUUGAGCCGCGAAGACGAUUGAUUAUUGAUAUUCAUGUCUGAGGUCGAAUGCGUGAAUCAAAACGGGUGUCCGUACUUUUCAAUGGACCGACGCUGGCCAUGGAAAAAAAAAUCAUCGGACAAGGCUGUGCUUGAGAAAGCGGCUGCGGAAUUGGACUCUGCUGCGGGUGCUUCCACUCAGGUUAAUCAGAAGCCGAGCUACGUCCAAAUCUCCGUAGAGUCAUAUUCCCAUCUGACUGGUUUAGAGGAUCAAGUGAAGACAUAUGAAGAAAAAGUUCAGACACUGGAGGAUGAGAUCAAGGAAUUAAAUGAAAAACUGUCAGCAGCAAAUUCAGAGAUAAAUACUAAGGAAAGCUUGGUAAAACAGCAUGCUAAAGUAGCAGAAGAGGCUGUCUCAGGUUGGGAAAAGGCCGAAGCAGAAGCUUUGGCAUUGAAGAACCAUCUGGAAACUGUAACUCUUUCAAAACUCACUGCUGAGGACCAGGCAUCGCAGUUAGAUGGUGCUCUUAAAGAGUGUAUGCGACAGAUAAGAAACCUGAAGGAAGAACAUGAACAGAAAAUACAGGAAGUUGCUCUCACAAAAAACAAGCAAUUGGACAAGAUUAAGGGUGAGUUUGAGGCUAAGAUUCACAACUUUGAACAGGAACUCCUCAGGUCUGCUGCUGACAAUGCAGCUCUGUCAAGGUCAUUGCAAGAGCGCUCUAAUAUGAUAGUCAAUUUAAGUGAAGAAAAAGCUCAUGCGGAGGCUGAAAUUGAGCUUCUUAAGGGCAACAUUGAAUCAUGUGAAAGAGAAAUCAAUUCACUCAAAUAUGAGCUUCAUGUUAUUUCCAAAGAGCUUGAGAUUCGCAAUGAAGAGAAGAACAUGAGUAUGAGGUCCGCGGAAGUUGCUAACAAGCAGCAUAUAGAGGGUGUUAAAAAAAUUGCCAAAUUAGAGGCUGAGUGCCAAAGAUUACGUGGUCUAGUGCGGAAAAAGUUACCUGGUCCAGCUGCACUUGCACAAAUGAAGCUAGAAGUUGAAAGUCUUGGUCGAGAAUAUGGAGACACUCGAUUAAGGAAGUCUCCUGUCAAACCUGCUAGUCCUCACCUGUCCCCAUUGCCUGGUUUCUCCCUAGAUAAUGCACAGAAGUUCCACAAAGAUAAUGAAUUCCUUACAGAGCGUUUAUUGGCAAUGGAAGAAGAAACAAAGAUGCUCAAAGAAGCUUUGGCAAAACGUAACAGUGAAUUGCAGGCUUCAAGGAGUAUGUGUGCUAAAACUUUGAGCAAACUUCAAGUUUUGGAAGCACAAGUUCAGAUGGGUAAUCAGCAGAAGGGAUCUCCUAAAUCAAUCAUCCAUGUAAACCAUGAAAACAUAUACAGUCAAAAUGUCAGCAAUGCACCAAGCUUGAUCUCCAUGUCUGAAGAUGGAAAUGAUGAUGUGGUAAGUUGUGCCGAGUCUUGGUCUACAGCAAUACUCUCUGAGCUAUCCCAAUUCCCUAAAGAAAGGAAUACUGAGGAAUUAAGUAAAUCUGAUGCCACUAAGAAGUUGGAACUAAUGGAUGACUUUCUGGAGGUGGAGAAAUUGGCCCGAUUAUCAAAUGAUUCCUGUGGAGUUUCAUUUACUUCAAACAAUAUAACAAAUGAAACUGUGACCAAUGAUGUAUCAGAAGUCAGUACAGUGGAAGAUGUUCCCUCUAACCCCAAAGAGAAUAGUGAUCCAAAUCCAUUGCCAAGUGAGGUGUCUUCUGCUGAAGAAUUGUCAUCACCUGAUCCCCAAUCUGAUGUUCGUGGCUUGUCACUUGCAGAGCUUCAAUCAAGGAUAUCAUCAGUGUUUGAGUCCAUGGCGAAGGAUGCUGAUAUGGAGAAGAUCCUGAAUGAUAUCAAACACAUUCUUAAAGAGGCAUGUGACACUUCCAUCCAGGACUCUCUAUCUGCCAUUCCCCGUGAUGACAAACCUUCUGAUAUUACAUGUGAUAACCAGGGUAAUACUGAAGAUGCUGGCUUAAAUGCUGAAAAAGAUAUAAUUUCAUCCCAGCAAACUACAGAAUAUGUGCAGAUAACUUUGGAUUUAGAAGCUGCAAUUUCCCAAAUUCAUGACUUUGUCUUGUUCCUAACCAAAGAAGCAAUGACAGCACAUGAUAUAUCUUCUGAUGGAGAUGGAAUAAGCCAAAAGAUGGAGGAGUUAUCUGUUACUUUUAAUAAAGUUACAUCCAAUGAAGCAAGUUUGCUACAGUUUGUUGUAGACCUGUCUAAUGUUCUAGCCAAGGCAAGUGAAUUCAGAUUCAAUAUCCUUGGUUAUAAGGGUACGGAAGCUGAAAGCAAUAGUCCUGAUUGCAUUGAUAAGAUUGCUCUGCCUGAAAAUAAAUUAGUUCAAGACGAUUCAUCAGGAGAGAGAUAUCAAAAUGGUCAUUCCCAUAUUCUUAAUCCCUGUUCUGAUCCUGAGGUUCCCGAUGAUGGAAAUUUGGCCUCGGGCUAUGAAACAAAUGGGACGUCACAGAAGUUCUCAAUGGAGGACUUUGAAGAAUUGAAAUUAGAGAAAGAGAAGGCAGUCGCUGAUCUGUCAAAGUGUGCUGAAAAUCUUGAAAUUACGAAGUCUCGGUUACUGGAGACAGAGCAACAUCUAGCUGAAGUUAAAUCACAAUUGGCUUCUGCUCAAAGAUCAAACAGCCUGGCUGAAACGCAAUUAAAAUGUAUGACAGAAUCGUACAGGUCAAUUGAAACACGUGCAAAGGAGUUUGAAACUGAGCUUAAUCAUCUGCGCAUGAAGACCGAAACUCUGGAGAAUGAACUUGAAGAUGAAAAGAGGGUUCAUGAAGAAGCUUUGGCCAAGUACAGGGAGCUAGAAGAACAAUUACAAAGGAAUGAAAACUCAGCUGCUGAUAAUGACAUCAAGACUAAGCAGGAGAGAGACUUGGCAGCUGCUGCUGAAAAGCUAGCAGAGUGUCAGGAAACCAUAUUUCUUCUUGGCAAACAGUUAAAGUCUCUGCAUCCUCAAACAGAGCCAAUGGGAUCUCCGUAUUCAAAGGCUGAAGGCUUCACAGAGCUUGAACCUUACUCUAGAAGCCAAAAUUUGCAAGAUCAGGCUGAGAUGGACAGUGCUACUUCUGCAUUUGUGCAAAGACUGGGUGGGGAAUCCCCCUUACAUUUUGCCAACACUUUACACAGUCCACCACAUAAUGAGUCAAACUUUCCAGCCAUAUCUCCUGUACAGAAUCCAAACCACAACCCUAUGAAGUCAACCUCUUCUUCAGCUUCGUCCACUCCUACACCAGAAAAACACACCCGAGGUUUUAGCAGAUUCUUUUCAUCAAAAGGAAAAAACGGUCAUUGAGCUUGCAGCAUGCAUGACCUUGAGAUAUCAUGAUUUAGGACCACGCUGUAACCUCCAUGAUUUAACAGAAUUGGGUUUUUGGGAGGUUUAUCGGGUGAUUCUUGUAUCUAAUGGUUGUACAUGGUAAACAUAUAUUUUUCUUCUUUUCCUUUCCAUUGUUUUAUUCUCCCUGUUCUGUAAUUUAAUUAGCAAACAUUGACAUAGUCUCUGAAUUAUUACAGGAUGCGUUGAAUAUGUUGUAUUUCACAAAUUUAUGCACCAUACCUUGAUUCUUUACCAACGAUAA